AUGCUCGGCCUCCGUUCCACCAUCCUUGCCGUGUCUCUGGCAACCCUAGUUCCGAUUGUGGCAGCCGUUAUCGACCCGAGUGACGGCAAAGUCUUCUGCGACCAGGGCGACAGGGGCAUCCCGAAAGCCUUCGCGCAGGACAUCAUCAACAACAUCGACACCAGCAAGUUCGACUUCGGCGUGCCCGGGAGUAACCUGCUGUUUACCUUCGGAACGGAUUGCCUGAGCCGCAGCCAGACCGGCCAGCAGUUCUGCUGCCAGGUCGCGUUCGUGAACGCGAACGGCAACCAGGGCACGGUCACGAUGACGGCCAAUUCACGUUCUACUGGCGCUGACUCGCUUGGGGGUCAGACCGAUGGGGCGACGCUGAAGAAACUCGCGAUGAAUAUCCUGAACAAUUGCUGGACUAGCGGUGGGGAUCACUCUGGGAGGUGGGCGGGGGAUGGGUUCCAGGUCGGGCUGAGCGGGGGCACUUGCUGA